CGACGCAGACGUAAUGAUGGCAAACCGCAAAAUUUCUUUUGCGAAAUUGACUGGUAAACUACCUGAAACACUCGACGAACUCAUUGCUGCACUGAGACAAGUAUUCGAGAAGAAUGACGUAGACGUCGAAGUAGUGGAGAUGCUUAUGAACAACUACAAAAGCAACCCAGAAUGGAAGAAAUAUGCAAACUUCGACCCACAUAAAUAUACGAGAAACCUGGUGGACGACGGCAAUGGAAAGUACAACCUGAUCAUGCUGUGCUGGUCGGAGGGUCAGGGCUCCAGCAUCCACAGCCACGCCAACUCCCACUGCUUCCUCAAGGUGUUAGAAGGAAAUCUAAUGGAGACUCUUUAUGACUGGCCGAGCGAGGGCCACGCCAGCUCGGAUGAGGGGGGAGAACACCUGCAGAAGAAACGCAUCGUCACCGUCAUGGAGAAUCAAGUUGCCUACAUCAA